CGGCCUUCCUCCCCGGUCGGGCAGGCCUGGGCCUCCCCUGCGGGGAAGGGGACGCAGCCUUGACCCGCCUCUCUUUCUCCCCCUCAGGAGGACGGAGGAGCCCGGCGGGGGAAGGAAGGAAACGCCGCCCGAGAGGAGGAGGAGAGCGGGCCCCGCAGAGCAGCCCUGCUCGGUCCCGGCGCUGAUUUCCCCGAGAGACAGCGGGGAAAGGCCGGGAGGCUCCGGGGCUGCCGGAGGGAUGAGCCCAGGGGGACCCCGGGAAAGGCGGCUGCCCGGAGGGCGAUGUGGGGAGGAGGACACGGGCGGAGACCCCGAGACGGGCCUAGAGGGCAGACCCGGGAAUCCCCAGAGGAUCCAGGAGGGAGGAAAGAGAUAUCGGUGCCCGGAAUGCGAAAAAUCCUUCAAAAGGAACGACCAUCUUGAAAAACAUCUAAGGAUCCACGGAUUUGGAAACCCACAUAAAUGCUUUGAGUGUGGAAAGAACUUCACUCGGAGAGCAGAUCUUAAUCAACAUCAAAGGAUCCACACAGGAGAAAAACCGUAUCAAUGCCUGGAGUGUGGAAAGAGCUUCAGUCAGAGGAGCACCCUUGAGGCACAUCAAAGGAUCCACACGGGAGAGAAACCAUUUAAAUGCCUGGAGUGUGGAAAGAGCUUCAGUCAGAGCAGCAGCCUUUAUAGACAUAGAAGAAUCCACUGGAGAGAGGAACUGAAUAAAGGUCUGGAGGGCGGAGAGUCCUUUGAAAGUCCCGGGAAUCCCCAAAGGAUCCAGGAAAGGAAGAAAUACGAAUGUCCAGAAUGUGAAAAAUCCUUCAUAACAAAUGGACAUUUUGAAAACCAUCUUAAAAACCACUCAGUUGGAAACCCAUAUGAAUGCUUUGAGUGUGGAAAGAACUUCAGUCAGAGAGGAGAUCUUAAUCAACAUCAAAGAAUCCACACAGGAGAAAAACCUUAUAAAUGCUUUGAGUGUGGAAAGUGCUUCCGUCACAGGAGCAGCCAUGAGAGACAUCAAAGAAUCCACACGGGAGAGAAGCCAUUUAAAUGUCUGGAGUGUGGAAAGAGCUUCAGUUGGAGAGGAAACCUUUACACACAUCAAAAAGUUCACUCGGGAGAAAAACCAUAUGAAUGCCUGGAGUGUGGAAAGAGCUUUACUGAGAGUUCAGGCCUCUAUCAUCAUAAAAAAUUCCAUACUGGAGAAAACCCAUAUAAAUGCCUUGAAUGUGGAAAGAGCUUCAGUGCGAGAAGAGACCUGCAUAGACAUGAAAUGAUUCACACAGGAGAAAAACCUUAUAAAUGUCUGCAGUGUGGAAAGGGCUUCACUCAGAGAGGAAACCUUGAUGUACAUCAAAGAAUCCACUCAGGAGACAAACCAUAUCAAUGCUUGGAUUGUGACAAGGCUUUCUCUUCAAAGAGAACCCUUGAUUCACAUCAAAGGAUCCACUCAGGAGAAAAACCACAUAAAUGUCUGCAGUGUGGAAAGGGCUUUGAUCAGAGAGGAAAUCUUUACAUACAUCAAAGAACCCACUCAGGAGAGAAACCAUAUCAAUGCCUGGAUUGUGACAAGAGUUUCUCUUCAAAGAGAAAUCUUUAUUCACAUCAAGGAAUCCACUCGGGAGAAAAACCACAUAAAUGUCUGGAAUGUGGAAAGAGCUUCAAUCGGAGAGGAAACCUUUACAUGCAUCAAAGAAUCCACACUGGAGAAAAACCAUACAAAUGUCUGGAGUGUGGAAUGAGCUUCAUUCAGAAAGGAAACCUUUACAUACAUCGAAGAAUCCACACUGGAGAGAAACCCCAUAAUCACCCUAAAAUUGUGUUUCCACCCAAAUAAGCCCUGGUGAUUAUUUUGGGACCCAAAACAAAAUAAGGCCGGAUAUUAUUUUUGUGGAAUCUGGAUCUUGAACCUAUACGGUGUUGGCUAUUCCUCCCCUCUUAGUAUUAUCUGCAAA